AUGCAUUCGAACGUGUACCGGUGUAUCGACCAAGUCCAUUUUUGAUCGCGCUUGCCCAUAUUAUAUUUUUCAAAUUUUCAUAUUAUCGAAUUUUAUAUAUAAUAUUUUUCAAAAUCGAUUUUAAUAUUACACUAUAAAUUUUCAUUCAUAAAAACUACGUUGUUUGAAAACACGACAUCUAUCCUAUAAAUUAAAACAUUACAUAAAUUCAUAUAAUCAUACUGAAUAAUUAAAAAAAUAUACAUAUUUUUAGGACUGAGAAAAAAACUACGAAGAAACUACGUUCAGGGUUCGCAAGAAGCAGUACCAAUAAAACUCCAGACGUCUUAUUUUACGAAAUGUCUAAGAAGAAAGAAAUAUCGGAUAAUAAACUAAGACCAUUCAAAUGUCAAGAAAAGAGUGAAGUCGCACAUCUGAAUGGCAUCGACUACUUCGAUCCAUUUCUCGAGAGAAAUUUGGAACACCCAACUACCAAUGGUGAGACCCUGACUCACUUACUCAAAGCAUCUCUAGGAACUGGUAUCCUGGCCAUGCCGCUAGCUUUCCAGUGUUCGGGACUUAUAACCGGCAUAUUCGCAACACUGUGUGUGUCGUUCGUGUGCACUUAUUGCUCGUAUUUACUGGUGAAAUGUGCUCACACGCUUUAUAGGCGGACAAAAGUGUCAUCCAUGAGCUACGCAGAUGUGGCUGAAGUGGCGUUUGCCAACGGACCACAAUGGUCUCGAAAGUUCUCGUUGAUAACCCGCCAGUCGGUGCUCUGGCUGCUAUUCGUCACAUACUUUGGAACGUGCAGCGUGUACACUGUGAUCAUCGCUUCUAACUUCGAACAACUGUUUACACAUCACAUGGGUUACGAGCUGAACCUUCGGUACUUUAUUUCGAUACUGCUCAUACCUCUUAUACUGCUCAGCUACGUGCCCAAUCUCAAAUACUUGGCGCCCGUGUCUAUGGUUGCCAACCUGUUGAUGGCCACCGGUCUGGGCAUCACAUUUUACUAUACGCUGUGUGACGUACCAAACAUUUCAGAAAGGCCAGCUGUGGGAACACUUGAAACGUUCCCAACAUACUUCUGUCUCACCGUGUUUGCCAUGGAAGCCAUUGGAGUGGUGAUGCCGUUAGAAAACAACAUGAAAACGCCUAGAAGCUUUUUGGGAGUUUUCGGCGUGCUGAACAUAGGCAUGGGCUGCGUGACCAUUGUGUACAUUCUACUCGGUUUCUUCGGUUACUUGAAGUACGGUGAAGCAACAAAAUCGAGUAUAACGUUAAACCUUCCAACUGAAGACCUUGCCGCCCAGGUGGCUAAAAUAUGCAUCAGUUUAGCAGUGUUUUGUACGUACGGUCUACAGUUUUUCGUAUGCUUGGAAAUCAUGUGGAACAAAAUCGAGGAAACCUUUGAAAGAACCACAAUUUUGCAUAACUACGUUUUAAGAACGGUUCUGGUGAUUGCAUCUGUGUUGAUCGCGGUAGCUGUACCGACAAUCGGUCCGUUCAUUGGACUCAUCGGUGCCUUCUGUUUCUCGCUGCUCGGCAUCAUUGUGCCCUUGAUCAUAGAGUUCGCCACAUACUGGGAUGAAGUAACCGUCUGGAUGACCAUCAGGAACCUGGUACUGAUCGUUGUCGGUGUCUUGGCUCUGGUCUUCGGCACAGCCAACAGCAUAGCAGAUAUAAUCGCCGCGUACGAUCCUGCUCAGGCGGUCGAGUGCGUCAUCAACUCCACACUGCCUCAGCCAAUCGCAGAGUGACCGGAAAUCCGGCCACAUCAUCGACCAUCCAGCCACACGGAAUUUACAAUAAUUAUUUAUGUAUAAUCAUAGGCGUAGUGCCAGGUGUACCUCGGUAAAACUGAAUGCCAACCCCCCCCCCCCCCAAAAAAAAAAAAAAAAGGCCUAUUGUUUAUACUUCGUCGAGAUAAGUUUAAAUGAUACCAAUGAUAAAAACCGUUGGGUUUUAAAACCAAAUUUGAUUUUCAACUAUACAAAAAUUGUGUGAAUAAUUACAAUAAUUACAAUAAUGGCUAUAAUGGCUUAAAAAUUAAUAAUUUUUUACAUAAAUAAUAUAGUCAUCACAUAAGAAAUUGCAAACGAGAAUACUGGCUACGCCUAUGUAUAUAUAAUAGUUCUUAAACUCGUUUACGCGUAUUCAAAAUGUUUAACGAAAGUUUAAUUUGUGGUUGGGAUGGUCGGACGACGGGAAUCGACGUCGACGAAGCAACUGCCACGAUUAAUAGUCGUCCUUGUUUCGUCGGCCAGGUGCCCGUCGACCACUACCCAAAAGUGCUUGGGUAUGGCACCAUCGGCAUAAUAUAAUAGGCGACAGACACAUAUAAUAAUAAUAUUUAUUAGGUCGCAUUCAAUCAUAAAAAAAAAAUUAUUUUAAUUUAAAAUUAUGUUUCAAAACACGAUGUAAAACUUAGGCUUAAUCUCUUUUUAUUAUUAAA